AUGCGUCGGAAGGGUUUUCUAUUUUCUCGAGGGAUUCCGGGGCUCAACACCACGUUAGUUGCUUCUUAUAUUCCGGAUGCUGGAUUUGCUGAACCAAUGGAAAGACCUCCGGAUUCUUGCGUUCAGAAUGUUCCUGAGGGUGUUCAAUCUAUCCGAAGUUAUCUUUGAAUUUUAGGGAUAUUUAUCCUACGGGGACUUAAUUAUAUUCAAUUACAUAUCUCAUUAAAAUUUGUAUAUGUUUACAUUUAUUUAGAUAAAUAAUAUUUUUCGAUAUUUUGGUCAUAUGUGAUCAACUAAUCGUUCUACUCAUUAAUUAUUUUAUCCGCAAUUUUUCGGUUGUAUCUCGAAUUUUAUUAAAUUGUAAAUCUGUUAUCUUUCCCUCUCUCACACACUCAAAACUCUCGUUGAACAAUUCUGUCUUUUUUUCUUUUUCAAAUUUUCAUGUAUUAGCGCGCAGGUGAAACCGAAAAUCAAAAAGUGGUCGUCGCUCCCUCUCAUGCGCUCAUUUUUUAAUUCCAUAGGGAGCCGGACACCAUUCUUUCAUUCAAUUUCACUAACUGCCAUUC